GAAAGUGACAGGGUCCUGAGAGCAACUUGUCUCAUGGCAUGGCCGAGGGAAGCCAAGAAUGUUAGGAAUCGAGGCCUAGCAUGGAAUCGAACAGCAGCGACAGUCAUGGCGGCGGAAACAAGGGUAGCUAAGACCCAAUCUCACGCUCGGAAACCUUGGGACGGAAACAUACGCGAUGUCGUUUCCCUGUUGGUGUUUUGCCGAGGAGGAGGAGGAGAGAAGAUGCAAAUACUGGCGUGGGAAGACCAGAACACUAUCACACUGCCGAGAAAAGAGAUCACAGCGCAGGAUACGAUCCAGGAGCGGGAGGCAGGAGGAGGUUCCUCAGGCACAGCUCUUGGCACUACCACGGCACCCUCGCCUCUCCUCAUAUGGCCAAGGGAUGUAAGUUAUGAACUGGUUGCUACCAGCCUAGCAGCUGAAGUACUUAAGAUGACUCCAAGCCACAUCAACACUCCACAACUUGUCCAACUCACACGCAUCUAUGUCCCGUCCUUGCGCAGGCACUUCCAUCACUCUGUGUUUGCUGUUGAGGUCUCCAGUAAACAGUUGGAGAAGGUUCAAGAUUUAGAAGGGAGAGUUAGACUUUCUCUGCCGGAACUGAAGAAAAUGCCCCAAAGCAGGUUAGAGAGAUGGAAUAUUGUCAUAGUAGCAGAAUAUGUUAGCAGCCAGAUAAGAGGGAAAAGUUGUGAUAUUGGAGCCUCUCUAAAGGAGAUCGGUCCUCAUCAGAUCUGGCACCAGGUUGAUUCCCAGCACAUGACCCCAGAUGAUCAGCUGCUUCGAUCCCCAGGCUACAGAGAACAAGAUAUUGAACUUUUGUAUGAGGAAUAUGUAAGGCGAAGCUACCCACAUGCUACAGUCUGUUUUAGAGACAUGAAGCCAUUUCUUACAGAUUUAGGAUGGAAGGAUAAGGAAGCUGAUAUAUUUAGGGCCAUGGAUGGGCAAAAAACCGGCGAGUUAGGGCCGAGGGAAUUCAUUCUUGGACUAACAGCAAUGGAUCCUAUGACCAGCCAUGGAAAAGGACCUGCAGAAAUAAGAUGUCGUUAUAUAUUCAAGUACUAUGAUAAGAAUGAUGAUGGUCACCUUGAAGUAAGUGAGCUAAAGGAGUUGGUCAAGGACAUCGCUGAGCUCCAGGGACUUGAUGUUACUCCGAAGACUCUGGAAGAAAGGACCAAGAAAGCUUUAGAAACUUUUGACAUAGAAGAGGAUUCAAAGUUGUCUCUCAACAACUUCCUUGUUUGUGUUGGUAAUCUCCGUUUCCGAGGAACGUCACUACUCCUCCGUGCUAAUAUGUCAAUCAUCCCACAUCUAGUACACAAGUAUGGACCAUCCAGCUCUCAGAAAGUUCGCAGUCCCUUUAGAAGUCCGGCUUCUCCUGGUUUGGAGCGAAAGAAGUUCAGAAGAGGAUCCCAUACAGAUAGUGAAAGGGAUCAGCCUAGUAGCUUUGUGUGUGAGAACAAUGCUGUCGUGACAUUUUUCUCAGAUUCAGAGUUAGAGCAGGAUGUUGUUAUGAAAUCAGGUGGAAGUAGUUCUCCAGGUUCUAUUCCCCUUAGUGAUGGAGCUUUCCAGAGUCAAGAUUCAGGGAGUUAUACCCUUGCUCAUCACACAGUCAAAGUGCGGCGGUCUGGUCAGAUUACAGACAUUCACCUUUUGCUUGACAUGGAACGUGCUGGAGAAGUCUGUGACACUGGUUUUGAUGUGGAUGAAAUGGUACCUUGUGACAGUAAUGGUGAUAUGCAGUCAAGCAGCAUGAUUGCUCCUGAAGUGCCCCAGUUACGCCAUAGGUUUUUUGACAGAUACCAGUCUGUUGAAGCCUUCAACUUGCGAUCACUCCCAAAUGAAAUGAUCACAGCUCUGCGAUUCUUUGAGCAUGAAAAAAGCGGCAAGCCUUCCUUGAACUGGGGUGAAGUGGACAUGACGAAAUUAGGCCAAUACAUAAUCUCAAUGUGUGCCGCCAUAAAGGAUGUGUUUGAAAAUGAAUCGCGUCUACUGUGGCUUUCUACACCGUGCUAUAUCUUAGGUGACAUACAUGGGAAUUAUCGGGACCUGGUAUGCUUUGAGAAAGCGCUUUGGAGGGUUGGUCCUCAUCUGACACCAGCCAACUUUUUAUUCCUUGGCGACUAUGUUGAUCGUGGGGAUUAUGGCAUUGAGGUUGUCUCAUAUUUAUUUGCUCAAAAGCUUCAGGCCACUGGAAAGUUCUUCCUCUUGCGUGGUAAUCAUGAAGUUCGAGACAUCCAGAAAAUGUUCACCUUUCAUCAGGAAUGCAUAAGAAAGUUUGGUGAACGUUUAGGAGCAAAUGUUUGGAAUGCUGUAAACGAAGUAUUUGACUGUAUGCCAGUUGCUGCUAUUGUCGAUAAAAAGAUAUUUUGCAUCCAUGGAGGGAUCCCUAAGCUGGAUGGACAAGUGAAGGACCUAGAGAAGAUUCCGUGUCCGCUGCCAAACCCAGAAUCUCAGAGCAACUUGGCGUGGCAAAUGAUGUGGAAUGACCCAGUGGCAGCUGAAGAUAUGAAUGAUGACGUAUCAGAGCAACUGAUGAGCAACAAUGGUUUUGCCUUCAAUGAGAAGAGACAGACAGCUUAUGUAUUCAACCAAGCAGCAUUUAAUGCAUUCCUGGAGAGAAAUAACUUAACACAUGUGGUGCGGGCACAUGAAGUUAAGCAGGCGGGCUUUGAGAUCCAGCAGAGUGGGCGGUUGAUGACUGUUUUUUCAUCGUCACAUUACUGUGGAGGAAGUAACGAAGCAG